GUACAGCAAGCCAGCGGGUGGUGUUCCUACGUACAAUACUGAAGCUGAUGCUGUGGUUGAGGAAGCUGAGAAUGCCGUGGACUCAAAGAAGAAGCGUAAGCACGAGAAGGUCGCUGAUGAUGAAGAUGAGGAGGUCGAGGUUGAUGUUGAUGUGGUUAAGACUAAGAAGAAGAAGUCAAAGAAGCAUCAUCAUCACAAGGAGGCCGCCGAAGAGGAGUAG